AUGAAGCUGCUCUAUCAGACUCACUCGCCCCAUGCCAGAAAGGCACUGGUGUUUGCUCAUGAAGCAGGCAUCGCCGCAGACAUCGAAGUGAUACAUCAGGAAACAAGCCCGAUGCGGCGUAACCCAAGAGUGUAUACGCAGGAGAACCCUCUAGGCAAGGCUCUGCGCAUCCAGGCCGUCGCGCAGGGGCUGGCGGACGUCGGUAUCGCGGUUCGCUGGGAAAACACACGGCGACCUGAAGCGCUGCGCUACCCCAAACUAAGCUGUUGUCUGUCUCAGAAGCUGGUUGAGAGCUUCGACUGGUUGGAGAAAGAGCUGGAUGUGCAGGGGCCUGUACAUGUUGGACACAUUGCUCUUGCGACGGCCCUGAGCUGGCUGGAGUUUCGAGACAUACUGUUGUUGUGUGAUUUUCGAGAGGGCCGGCCGCGUCUGGCUGCUUGGUACGAGGCCUUUGAGGCCAGGCCUUCGAUGCUGGCAACACUGUUGUCGGGGAAGACCCACGACUGA